CUCUGCUAGGUUGUCCUCAUCCCUGCUCCUACACCGGUUUUCAUCUCCCAGCAGAAGGCGCAGCCAUGAAUCCGUUAUUUGGCCCCAAUCUCUUCCUUCUGCAGCAGGAGCAGCAGGGCCUGGCCGCCCCACUGGGGGACUCCUUGGGAGGCGACCAUUUCGCUGGAGGAGGGGACCUACCCUCGGCCCCGCUCGUCCCCGCCGGUCCCGCUGCCUACUCGCCGCCGGGGCCGGGCUCGGCCCCGCCUGCCGCCAUGGCACUCCGCAACGACCUGGGCUCCAACAUCAACGUGCUCAAGACCCUGAACCUCCGGUUCCGCUGCUUCCUGGCUAAGGUGCACGAGCUGGAGCGCCGGAACCGGCUGCUGGAGAAACAGCUGCAGCAGGCGCUGGAGGAGGGUAAGCAGGGCCGGCGGGGCCUGGCUCGCCGCGACCAGGCCGUGCAGACCGGCUUCGUCAGCCCCAUCCGGCCCCUGGGGCUGCCCUUGGGCGCCCGGCCGGCCGCCGUCUGCACCCCGUCGGCUCGUGUACUGGGCUCGCCCGCACGCUCGCCGGCCGGACCCCUCGCGGCCUCUGCGGCCUGCCACUCGCCGUCCACCUCCGCCUCCGCUUCUACCUCCACUUCUACUGCCUACUCCUCGUCGGCCCGCUUCAUGCCUGGCACCAUCUGGUCCUUCUCGCACGCACGCCGGCUAGGGCCGGGACUGGAGCCCACUCUGGUGCAAGGGCCUGGCUUAUCGUGGGUGCACCCCGACGGGGUCGGCGUCCAGAUCGACACCAUCACCCCCGAGAUCCGUGCUCUCUACAACGUGCUGGCCAAAGUGAAGCGGGAGCGGGACGAAUACAAGCGGAGGUGGGAAGAGGAAUACACAGUGCGGAUACAGCUGCAAGAGCGUGUAAAUGAGCUCCAGGAGGAAGCCCAAGAGGCUGAUGCCUGUCAAGAGGAGCUGGCGAUGAAGGUGGAGCAGUUGAAGGCAGAACUGGUGGUCUUCAAGGGGCUCAUGAGCAACAAUCUGUCAGAGCUGGACACCAAGAUCCAGGAAAAGGCCAUGAAGGUAGAUAUGGACAUCUGCCGCCGCAUCGAUAUCACCGCCAAACUAUGUGACCUGGCCCAGCAGCGCAACUGUGAGGAUAUGAUCCAGAUGUUCCAGAAGAAGCUGUCUCUGCACUUGUCUCCCAUUAAGGUCCCAUCCAUGGGGGGGCGGAAGCGGGAGCGCAAGGCUGCCGUGGAGGAGGACACCUCCCUGUCGGAGAGUGAUGGGCCCCGCCAGCCCGAUGGGGAUGAGGAGGAGAGCACAGCCCUCAGCAUCAACGAGGAGAUGCAGCGCAUGCUCAGCCAGCUGAGGGAGUAUGAUUUUGAGGACGACUGUGACAGCCUGACUUGGGAGGAGACUGAGGAGACCCUGCUGCUGUGGGAGGAUUUCUCAGGCUAUGCCAUGGCAGCUGCAGAGGCCCAGGGAGAGCAGCAGGAAGACAGUUUGGAGAAGGUUAUUAAAGAUACUGAGUCCCUGUUCAAAACCCGGGAGAAAGAAUAUCAGGAAACCAUCGACCAGAUAGAGCUGGAGUUGGCCACGGCCAAGAAUGACAUGAACCGGCACCUGCAUGAGUACAUGGAGAUGUGCAGCAUGAAACGUGGCCUGGACGUGCAGAUGGAGACCUGCCGCCGGCUCAUCACCCAGUCCGGAGACCGAAAGUCUCCUGCUUUCACUGCGGUCCCGUUUAGCGACCCACCGCCAGCGCCAAGCGAAACUGAGGACUCCGAUCGCGAUGUCUCAUCUGAUAGCUCCAUGAGAUAGGGACCUACCUCCACCUUGCUUCCCCUGAGGCCCCAUGCUGCUGGGAACUCACUGAGGCAGAGGGCAGGGGGUUCACAGAGGGAACAUCACUGUGCAACCUUACCAAGCCUGGCCCUUGGGGACGGGGCACUCAUCCCUUGGGCUUCCUCCCUUGGGCUGGCCUCUCCAGGAUUCUGGGGUAUCUGGAGCUAGGUGCAGCCUUGUCCUUCCUGGGCAAUCCCCACCACAGUUGGGGCUCUUCUGCCUUCACGAGUGGGUGUCUGCUACUUCCCCAUCUUUAAAUGCUGCCAGAGCAGUUGCAGCCCCUCACCAUCUCCAUGUGUCAGGAAUAUGGGACCUUCCCUUUGUCCCUGUGGUCCAGAGCAGCACAUAGUCCUCAAUUCUGCACUGGUGCUAACUGGCCCAGGCAUUGGAAUGAGGAAAGUUCGGCUGAGGUUCCACAGUGGAGAAGGCCGAGGGAAAACAGGACUGGACCAGCUGCUCUGUCCUCCCCCACUCUUCCCCGUGCUCAGGGCUGUCCACCUGCCAACUGUAUGGUGUGUGACCUUCCCCUAGUGGAGGUGCCAUGCUUUAAAGAGGCCUUAGUGCCCGGGAUGGGGCGCAGCACCUUAAAGGGAGGUGGAAACUCUUGUCUCCCAGUCACUGCUGAGUGACAGAAGAGGUGACAGUUCUGUGGGUGUGCACGUGUAUGCUUAGGGUCUCGGUUUCUUGGCCAUCAGCUGAAGAUGUGCUCUGCUGUGUCUGCCACGCCGAGACCAACAGGCUGAGUAAGAAGUCGACCCUUACUUGGAAGGGCUUGGAGGAACUGGGGAGACAUGGUUCAGAAUACCUCGAGUCUGUGCGGCUGACCUGGGAUGGACUCUAAUAAUGAAACUGAGGAGUAUUCACUGAGCACUUUUGUGUCACUGUUUCAAGCACUUUCUGACAUUAACUGCAUAGUUUUAA